UCAGCAAAUGUGGUCACUAGAGCUGGGGCGCUGGCCGGGCCCGGCACACACAGCGCUGGUGGAGCUGGUGGAGCUGGUGCUGCUGGUGCUGGUGCUACUGGUGGAGCUGGUGCUGUUGGUGGAGCUGGUGCUGCUGGUUCUCUUGGUUGCUGGUGGUGCAGGUGCUCUCAGUGGAGCUGGUGCUGCUGGUGCUGGUUGUACUGGUGAAGCUGCUGGAGCUGGUGCUGCUGGUGCUGGUCGUACUGGUGGUGCAGGUGCUCCCAGUGGAGCUGGUAGAGCUGGUGCUGGUCAUACUGGUGAAGCUGCUGGAGCUGGUGCUGCUGCUGCUGGUCGUACUGGUGAAGCUGCUGGAGCUGGUGCUGCUGGUGCUGGUUGUACUGGUGGUGCAGGUGCUCCCAGCGGAGCUGGUAGAGCUGGUGCUGGUGCUGCUGGUGAAGCUGCUGGAGCUGGUGCUGCUGGUGCAGGUCCUUCCAGUGGUGCUGCUACAGCUGGUGCUGGUGCUGCUGGUGCAUCUCGUGCCGGUGGUUGCUGGUGGAUCUGGUGGAGCUGGUGCUCCUGUAGUUGGUGCUGUUGGAGCAGCGUCCCAGGGCCAUGGAAAGGCUCUUGCGGUUCCUGCGGCGCAGGACGGCGCGGGGGGCGCCCCCAACCCCCAGGAGCAGACAUGGCGACAAGCUCCAGCCGCAGGUUCGCGACGAGCUGUGGCUGCGAGAAGCCGCCAACCAGAGCAACAGCGCUGGGCCGCAGGCACAAGAUGCCAGAGCCCCAAAACCGACGGCGGGUUCAGGUUCAUCCUCUUUCUGCCGAGUCCAUGGAAGGUGUCAUGCAUCAGAAAGUGCUGAAAUGAAGCAGUUUAUCAGAGACCUGGAGCAACAGCUCAUCAUGGAAAUGAACCCGGCUGAGGCGCUGGAAGCCAACAGGCGCUUGCAGGAGGAUUUAAACAGAGCCGAAAGAAAAGCUGCUCGGCUGGAAAUGGAAGUGAACCUACUGAAAAAAAACAUUGGGAGAAAGACAACGGCAUUAAAAACCACAACAGAAGAACUACGCCGGGCCCAGCAGCAGUUUGAGCAGUCACAGGCUCUUUGUAUCCAGGUGGAUCAGGAGAGGAAAGAUGCCAUCCAGAGGGCAGAAGGGCUGCAGGAACAAGUGGCCCAGCUGCAAGAUGAAAACCUUUGGCUCCGUCAGCAGCUGGGGGACGCACAGAACAAGGCCGCCCAAGAACUAAUGAGAGAAAUGGAGCGGCCAGAGGAAACGCCACUGGCAGCUGGGACACAGCAACAUGAUCGGCUGAAGCAAGAGAACCCCCACUUGCCAGAGGACUUGGACAAGGUCAAGGCCAAGGUGUGUGAACUCUCGUCACAGAUGGAGUUGCACUCCCAACUAUCUCUGCAGCUCAAAGCCACGAUCCAGGGGCUGCAAGAGCUGGUGGCUCUUCUGGCACAUGGCUUGGCCACUCCUGGGGGCGCUCACAGCCCAACAGCGCUUCAUGGAAAACGCUGUGAGCAGCCAAGGGAGGAGCAGCUGGAGUCGAAAAGCAGAGACCUGGAUCCCAGUGUGCAGAGAUCACAGAGCCUGUGGGACCUGAGCCGCUCCGCACAGCCCGGCCUUUCUGCCAGGGCCAGUGUGAUGCCGGCAGAAGCCUCUGCUCAGAGCCCGCAGGAGCCACGGCGCAGACUCUUCCAUCGCGAGGCAAAGACUCUGGGCCAGAGCCGGGGACGGAGCGGGAGCCCGUCGGGCUCAGGCACCGCUGAACAUGGAGCUGGAUCUGCUGGGGAUCCUCCCCAGGUAUCUCCUGCUCCUCUGCCGAAUGCAGAUGAAGUCCAGGAUCCCCCGGCCAGGGCAACGCACUUCGACCUCGACGAUUUGGAAGAGGAAUUGUUAGAACUGUUAGAAAGUGGUCAUUAAACUUGUGAAGGUUCCUUUUCUGUGCCCGUCUGCUGUGCUUUCCCAUGGCUGUCCCCUCCUGGGCUCCCACAGUGCUGGGCUGAACCAGGGGCAGCGGCUGGGGACAGCAAAGCCCCUGGAGCCCCCAUGCCCUGCUCCCUUGGGGGUUCGGGGCUGUGGGGCUGCAGGGGCCAGCCCAGUUCCUGGGGGGCUGCCCAGGCCCUGGGGCCCCUCACACCGGCAAUGCUAGGAGAUGUAGUCCCUCGCUUCACAGCACAAUUCUUUCAAGAACAGUAUUUAAUACUGUAUGAGACACAUGUAAAUUUGUGAAACUCUUUGUCCCCUCUGAUCCUGCUGUGUUUUCCCAUCACCAUUGCCUGUGUCCCCAAGCUGGGGGCCCCCGGGGGCUCUGCCUAGGGCUGGACAUGGCUGGGGCCCCAAGGGCUGUGACACUCGCUCACUUUCCAAACCCAGCGGCUUCCUGGCCUGAACCAGCCAGAGCAGGAUUCCAGCUCUGAGCUGAUCCAGACGUUGGGUUGAGUCUUGCAGGGAUUUUACAGCACAGGAAAAGCCGCUGCCAUACCAUGCAGCGUUUGACGGAGCUCUGGGAGCAGCUGUGGGGCUUGUGCCGCUCACAGCACCUUCUGCUGCGGCAUUUGCUGUGGGUGCAACAAG